AUGGAUGACCUCUACGAUGAGUUCGGCAAUUUCAUUGGGGAGGAUGCCGAAGCAUCAGAGGAAGACUCCCAGCAUGGCGUGGAUGCAGGCGCUUAUCUCGAUGAUGAAUACCCCGAAGAGGCUCCCGAAGUUACGGGGCAGGAAUUGAUGGAAUUAGACGACGAAGGUCCAUCCAAUGCUGUUAUAUUACACGAAGACAAACAAUACUAUCCGACGGCGCAACAAGUAUAUGGAGCCGAUGUUGAGACUAUGGUACAAGAGGAAGAUGCGCAACCACUCUCCCAACCCAUUGUUGCCCCUGUCGAGGUCAAGAAGUUCUCUAUUGAAGAAACUGAUCUUCCCCCCGUCCGGUUCGACCGCAGUUUCAUGACAGACCUCAUGAACUUCCCCGAUCAAAUACGAAAUAUAGCCCUUGCUGGAGAUCUACAUCAUGGCAAGACUUCCUUCAUGGACAUGCUCGUCCUCGAAACCCACGACAUCUCCGAUAGGUUAGAGAAACGAACGGGGAGGAAGAGAGACGAACAGCUACGGUAUACCGACACUCACAUUGUCGAGAGGGAACGAGGCCUUUCGGUAAAGGCGGCACCGAUGAGCCUGGUAUUGCAAAGCACCAAGGGCAAGUCCCAUUUGUUCAACAUAAUAGAUACCCCGGGACAUGUCAACUUUGUUGAUGAGGUUGCAGCCGCAUUGCGGCUAGUAGACGGUGUGGCCCUGGUCGUGGACGCAGUGGAGGGUGUGCAAGUUAACACCGAGCAAAUCAUCAAACAUGCUGUUCUCGAAGACAUACCGAUGACUCUAAUAAUCAACAAGGUGGAUAGACUGAUAUUGGAACUAAGGCUACCCCCAAGUGACGCCUACUUCAAGCUCAAACACGUUGUCGAAGAAGUGAAUACCAUCAUCGAGAACACGCGACCAGGUUCCGGAGAGCAGAAGCGAUUAAGUCCAGAGAAAGGGAACGUCUUAUUUGCGUGUAGCGAGAUGGGCUGGUGCUUUACAAUCCAGUCUUUCUCCAAGAUGUAUGCAGACAGCUUCCCGGGGGUGAAUACGGAAGAAUUCGCGAAACGCCUCUGGGGUGAUAUCUACUUCAACCCCAAAAAGAGAACUUUCAGCAGAAAACCUCUGCCUGGCGAGGAACGGGCAAAGAGAUCAUUCAUCCAUUUUGUGCUGGAGCCCAUCUACAAGGUUUUCUCUCACACCAUCAGUCAAAGCCCUAGCGAGCUCAAAGGCAUACUAGCAACCCUCGGUAUAACGCUCAAGCCGUCACAAUACAAGACGGAUGCUAAGGUGCUUCUUAAGCUCGUCUGUGAACAAUUCUUCGGACCAUCAACUGGUUUUGUGGACAUGAUUGUAAAGAACAUCCCUUCUCCGUUAGAGGCUGCCGAGCACAAGUUGGAACAAUACUACACCGGCCCCUUAGACACAAAGGUGGCCGAGUCUAUGAAGAAAUGCGACCAGGAUGGCCCCUUAAUCAUUCAUAUCACCAAAUUGUUCAACUCUUCUGAUGCGAAGAGUUUCUCCUCUUUUGGCCGAGUAAUGAGUGGUAUCGCUCGGCCUGGAAUGCAGGUUCGGGUUCUUGGAGAAGGCUAUUCCAUCGACGACGAAGAAGACAUGACUAUGGCUACUAUCUCGAACGUUUACAUUGCUGAGACUCGAUACAAUGUUGAAACUGACGGGGUACCUGCUGGCAACUGGGUGUUACUGGGUGGUGUUGACAAUUCAAUUGUCAAGUCGGCGACAAUAGUACCACCGAAGUUUGAGGAUGACGAGGAAGCGUACAUCUUCAGGCCAGUAACUCAUUUCACCGAGUCGGUCCUAAAGGUGGCGGUCGAACCCAUAAACCCGUCCGAGCUGCCCAAAAUGCUUGACGGCCUGAGGAAGAUCAACAAGAGCUACCCCCUAAUCACUACCAAGGUUGAGGAAUCCGGUGAGCACAUCAUUCUAGGCACUGGUGAGCUAUACAUGGACUGUGUUCUUCAUGACCUUCGAAGGUUGUAUGCAGACAUGGAGAUCAAGGUUUCAGAUCCCGUCACGCGCUUCUGUGAGACUGUGGACGAGAUGUCCGCUACUAAAUGUUACGCUAUUACGCCAAACAAGAAGAAUAAGAUUACUAUGGUCGCCGAGCCGCUCGACGACGGGAUCGCGGAGGACAUCGAGAGCGGCCGCGUCAAGAUGCAGGACGGUGCCCGAAAAGUGGGCAAAUUCUUCCAAGAAAAGUACGGAUGGGACUUGCUCGCCGCGAGGAGCAUUUGGGCAUUCGGGCCGGAUGAGAAAGGACCUAACAUAUUGCAGGACGACACAUUAGAGGUGGAUAAGACACUUCUAAGAAGCGUGCGAGAGACGAUUCGCCAAGGCUUUAGUUGGGCGACUCGAGAAGGUCCCCUAUGUGAAGAACCGAUUCGCAAUACUAAGUUCCGCAUCAUGGAUGUCUCACUGGCGCAAGAAGCUAUCUUCAGAGGUGGCGGUCAGAUCAUCCCCACGGCGCGUCGCACGUGCUAUAGUUCGUUCCUGAUGGCGUCGCCGCGGCUGAUGGAGCCGCUUUACGCGUGCUCGAUGACAGGUCCCCAAGACGCAGUGCCGGUACUGUACAAUGUGUUGGCACGGCGCCGUGGUCAUGUGUUAGCGGACGGUCCCAUCGCAGGCACGCCGCUAUACCGCGUCAACGGUCUCAUCCCAGUCGUUGACUCGUUUGGGUUCGAGACGGAUGUACGCAUCCAGACCCAGGGUCAGGCUAUGGUCAGCCUUGUCUUCGACAAAUGGCAGAAGGUGCCUGGUGAUCCUCUCGAUAAGGAAGUGGUGCUGAGACCACUACAGCCCGCCGAUGCACAGGCCACGGCCAGGGACUUCGUGCUGAAGACCCGCAGGCGCAAGGGCUUGAGCGAGGACGUGAGCGUCGCUAAGUUCCUGGAGCCCGAGUUCUACCAGAGUCUUAUGGAAAGUGGGACGCUGGGAAGUCCAUGA